AUGGAUCCAUAUCACUACCAAAACAUGUAUGACCCACGCGGCUUCCCCAUCGUCCAACCGCAGCCCUACCUCCACCACCCGGCGGCCGGCCUCAUCAGCGACAGCAGGGUGCGCGGCGGCGGCGGCGUUCGGCGGCGCCCCGGGGCCAAUCUCUCGACGGACCCCCAGAGCGUCGCGGCGCGCGAGCGUCGACACCGCAUCAGCGACCGCUUCCGCGUGCUCCGCAGCCUCGUGCCGGGGGGCAGCAAGAUGGACACGGUGUCCAUGCUCGAGCAGGCCAUCCACUACGUCAAGUUCCUCAAGGCGCAGGUCAGCCUGCACCAGGCCGCGCUCAUGCAACACGGGGAGGGAUGCCAUGAGUUCGCUGCCGCUUACUCCACCGCAGCUGGCGCUGAUGAGAUGAUGCCUGCUGCAGCAAAUGUGCUCGAUCCCGAGCAGAUGACUGACGCUCACGAGCUGCCUCCUUUGCCUUCUUGCGUCUUCGUCGAAGAGCCUGCAGCCGCAUGCUACUCUGUGUGUGACCUCGAAGAGGGGGAGACUGAUCUGCCCGGAUCUUAUUAG